AUGUUGUGCAGAGAACACCUACUGAAUCUGUUACACAAUAAGCGAGCACUGGCUGAGUCCCUAGCUGAGGAGUCCCUGGCUGAGGAGUCCCUAGCUGAGGAGUUCCUGGCUGAGGAGUCCCUAGCUGAGGAGUUCCUGGCUGAGGAGUCCCUAGCUGAGGAGUUCCUGGCUGAGUCCCUAGCUGAGGAGUCCCUAGCUGAGGAGUCCCUAGCUGAGGAGUCCCUAACUGAGGAGUUCCUGGCUGAGUCCCUAGCUGAGGAGUCCCUAGCUGAGGAGUUCCUGGCUGAGUCCCUAGCUGAGGAGUCCCUAGCUGAGGAGUUCCUGGCUGAGUCCCUAGCUGAGGAGUCCCUAGCUGAGGAGUUCCUGGCUGAGUCCCUAGCUGAGGAGUCCCUAGCUGAGGAGUCCCUGGCUGAGGAGUUCCUCGCUGAGGAGUCCCUAGCUGAGGAGUCCCUAGCUGAGUCCCUAGCUGAGGAGUCCCUAGCUGAGGAGUCCCUGGCUGAGGAGUUCCUCGCUGAGGAGUCCCUAGCUGAGGAGUCCCUAGCUGAGGAGUCCCUAGCUGAGGAGUCCCUAGCUGAGGAGUUCCUGGCUGAGUCUCUAGCUGAGGAGUCCCUAGCUGAGGAGUUCCUGGCUGAGGAGUUCCUGGCUGAGGAGUCCCUAGCUGAGGAGUCCCUAGCUGAGGAGUUCCUGGCUGAGGAGUUCCUGGCUGAGUCUCUAGCUGAGGAGUCCCUAGCUGAGGAGUUCCUGGCUGAGGAGUUCCUGGCUGAGGAGUUCCUGGCUGAGUCCCUAGCUGAGGAGUCCCUAGCUGAGGAGUUCCUGGCUGAGGAGUUCCUGGCUGAGUCUCUAGCCGAGGAGUCCCUAGCUGAGGAGAUCCUGGCUGAGGAGUUCCUCGCUGAGGAGAUCCUGGCUGAGGAGUCCCUAGCUGAGGAGAUCCUGGCUGAGGAGUUCCUCGCUGAGGAGAUCCUGGCUGAGGAGUCCCUAGCUGAGGAGAUCCUCGCUGAGGAGAUCCUGGCUGAGGAGUUCCUGGCUGAGUCCCUGGCUGAGGAGUUCCUGGCUGAGGAGUUCCUGGCUGAGUCCCUAGCUGAGGAGUUCCUGGCUGAGUCCCUGGCUGAGGAGUUCCUGGCUGAGGAGUCCCUAGCUGAGGAGUUCCUGGCUGAGUCCCUAGCUGAGGAGUUCCUGGCUGAGGAGUUCCUGGCUGAGUCCCGAGCUGAGGAGUUCCUGGCUGAGGAGUUCCUGGCUGAGGAGUCCCUAGCUGAGGAGUCCCUAGCUGAGGAGUUCCUGGCUGAGGAGUUCCUGGCUGAGGAGUCCCUAGCUGAGGAGUCCCUAGCUGAGGAGUUCCUGGCUGAGGAGUUCCUGGCUGAGGAGUUCCUGGCUGAGGAGUUCCGGGCUGAGGAGUUCUGGGUUGAGGAGUUCCUGGCUGAGGAGUUCCUGGCCGAGGAGUUCUUAGCAGAGGAGUUCCUGACUGAGUUCCUGGAACCAACAUGUCUGGCUCUGCACCUGUAG